GAUGAUGCGUGAACAGCGUCAAACAUAGAUUGUGAUCUGUAAUCGAUAACGUACUGUACGUAUUUCUGUAUGUUUUUUCUAUGUAUUCCAGAGCUCUGAAUGUGAAACUGAGUGUUUCUUCCUCGGAUCUUCCCUUCUGGCUCGUGUUGGCUAGCGUCAGAACAGAAAAGAUCCGCUUCGCCAGAUCAGGAAAUUAAAGACUGAUCAGCGAACAGCCAGCCGAUUCAACACCGUUAAGGUUUGGUCAGCACAUGGAUACUUUCAGGACGUGCCAAGAGAUCAGGAGUUCUUCUGUGGUGCAAUUUGAAGAAAUCUGAUUCAGCUGUUAUGAUAAAACCAAUGGACCUUCACUGACGUGCCACUUGACCUCAACACAGAAGAAGCCGAUUCCCCUCAAGUGCCUGCAUCAAGGUUCUUCACAAUGUGUCACGUCAUAGUCACAUGCCGCUCCAUGUUAUGGACCUUGAUGAGUAUUGUGGUGGCAUUUGCUGAGCUGGUGGCAUUCAUGAGCGCUGAAUGGCUCGUGGGAUAUUCAGAAGGAUCUGAAUUAAACUUCACCGUGACCGCUUCCCACCGCAGUGACCAGCGCACCCUGGGUAUUUAUAACCGCUGCCUCAAGGUGGCACAGCAGAAGGUGGUCCAAUGUGGGCCCUACGCCACAGACUUCAUGGAAAUAGCUAGUGGCUUCUGGCAAGCAACUGUUAUAUUUCUAGUCAUCGGAAUCUUCCUCCUUUCCGUAGUGGGCAUCCUUUCGGUUUUCAGCAUGUGCUUCCAGAGUAUCUUGAAGAAGAGCAUAUUCAAUGUGUGUGGCCUUCUUCAGGGAAUAGCAGGUCUAUUCCUUAUCCUAGGUCUGAUGCUCUAUCCUGCAGGCUGGGGCUCAAAGAAGGUGGUUGAUUACUGUGGUCCAGAUGCUUCCGCAUAUAAAGUGGGCUUGUGUUCUCUGGGCUGGGCCUUUUACACAGCCAUAGGAGGCACAGUGCUCACUUUCAUCUGUGCUAUGUUUUCAGCCCAGGCUGAGAUCGCCACCUCCAGCGACAAGGUGCAGGAUGAGAUUGAGGAGGGCCGGAGUCUGAUUUGUGUGCUGUGAGAUGUGAAAACAAACCACUAAAACCAAAGAGAAUAAUUUAUGUCCCAUGUUUACUGAUGGAAAUGACUGGUGCAUAAAUGGGAAUGUAGUUCAGACCUACUGUAGGUCUUUACAAAACUCAACAAACUUAUUUGCUUUUUUUGAUUUUUAUGUCAUCCUAUUGCUGUAUUUCAAAGUAUACACAUCAAAUUAUUUCUAUGAAAAAAACUUUGAAACUAACAAAUUAUUUUUUUUUACAUUGCGUUUAAAAGCAAAUGCAUUGUAUCGCUAUUUUGAUUGAUUUGUUACUAGAUUUUACUUUUUACUAACAAAUAGAAAAAUUAAUGUAACCAGUUUUGUUAAUGAAAUUGUAUGCUGAGUCUCUUAAAGAUAUUACCAAAAUAAUUGUUCUCUGUGAUAAACCUUAUCUUUCUAAAAAAUAACAAAUUAUUCUUUGUUUAGCCAUCUGAGGUGCUGUCUGGCUUAUGCAUGUUGACUGCAAGCAGUCCAUUAAUGGUUAGCUGGAUUUCUUUUUUUCGUAUGGUGCAAAAUGUUUUCUUUUUCAUCAUCUUUCUGCAAUGACUUAUGGAAAAUAAACGGCCUGACCCAA